AUGACCCCAACGUCUGUCUCUUCCAUACCAUCGUUACGUGUUCUCUCUCACCUUAACAAUCAUGUGGUGUACACACUCUUUCUUCUUCUGCAAAUUCUUCUCCUCAUUGAGUUAUUCACCUUUUCCAAUGCUCUUUCCAUUCGAGUCGGAACUUUAAAUCAUCCAAAUGCAAAGUCUUAUCUUCAACGUUCAUCACACCAGAACGUUUCAUCCAGUCCGCCACCUGUAGGAAGUCUUAUUAGGUUACAAGGAGGAGGAGGAGGAGGAUGGAAUCAAGUGAAUCUCAAUAGCCAACAAUCGAGACUCUUCCGAUAUCAACAACAUCAUCACCCCCAUUCAGAAUUUUCCAUCUCACUCUCGAAUGAUACAUCCAAGGCGCUACUCCUGGAAGAAUCUUCCUUUCUUUUGGAUACUGCUCAAAACCGAUUACUCUUUCUUGAGAGAACCAUUGCCAGCCGUGAUCAUGAUGAAAAGACUCAACUUGUUGACAAGGACUCUUUGUUAUCAACUGUGUUGGGAUUUGUGGAUUUAAAGAGUCUCCGCCAUGGUAUUCUAAAGGAGGCCAACCUUUCUUACGAGUUGCAAAUGUUAGAUUCCGAUGUGGUGAUGCCACUUCCAGUACUGGAUCGAUUUGGAAAUUACUAUGUCGUGAGAAAGAAUGUGUUCAAUGGGAGGAAUUAUUUAUUGAAAUUUUCAAACUCUUCCAAAACUACUACCUCACCAGCCACUCAAGAGUCACUAAUUCGCGAGGAUUGGACCAUUCUAUUCGAAAGUGAUGGUCUCAUGGAAGUCAUGCACGGUUUGUUGUUAUUUGAAGAUUCAGACUCAUCGAAAGUUCUUCUCUCGACCAGUCGACAAGUGUUGUGUUUGAAUAGUGACACCAAGCAAAUCUUGUACCAAAUUCCAAGUUUGUCAAGUAAGGGAUAUUUCGGCCAAUUGAUUCGAGAUUUGGAGAGUCCCUUUGUGUUUGCAUCCGUGUAUGGAGGAUUGGUGCAGUUUGAAAUUGCAAGUGGAAGAGUUAUUUCACAAACGAGUGUUGACACUUCGUUAGUCCCGCAUCAUGUGAGUUCCUUGAAUGAUUACAUGUUGGCCUUGUCACAAUUUAGGACAAUGGAUGGACCCAUGAUCUUUGCAACUGCUUUUUUAAAAACAAAUCUUUCGCAGGCAACUCAGUCUGUAGCGUUGACAACAGACAGGCCAGGUGAAUGUUCCAAUGCCAUUGCUUUUCCCAAUAACAAUGUGGUGAUUUUGAUUCGAACUAAACAGGAAGAAGAUGCCACAAAGAACCAAUAUAGAUUGCUUGGUAUGCAAGUCAAUCUAGAAUCGUCUCGAAUUGAAACGAUAUGGACAGUGGAUGUGACAAAACAAGUUCAAGUGUCAAAUGUCUGCGCAUUGCAAAUAGCUGCAGCUCCUUCUGUAGAUCAUGCCAGUACUGUUGUUGUGGCAUGUGACAGUGGUCUUUUGCUAAUCGAUGUUUCGAAUGGAGAAAUAUCAGGAAGAAAGAUGUCACUUGAGCAACCCUUAGUGGACAGUGAGCAGACACAAAUAGUGACCACCCAAAAUGGAAUGAUUUACAUGCUUCAACCUCGUUUAUUACGUAUCGAUGGUGUUUCUCUGUCAUAG